GCGUUGGCAUCUCUUGUGCUUUGGAGUAAAAUUAAUAAUCUAACAAAAAUAAUCAAAACUAAAAACUAAAAAGUCCGCUGAAUUCUCUCUCCCUCUCUCUUCUGCACUUUAUUCUGUUCAAAUGCGAUACUUCGCUGUUGUAACUCAGACCGAGAUCCUUUCAAGGAGAGAGAGAAAGAGAGCCUCGGGCUAUACUUCUAUCCCUUACUCUCUCUCUCUGCCGCAUUGUCUUGUUAUGCUUCAGAAUCUCAUCUCACUCCCACGCAUUAAAGCGUUGUCUCUCGUUCUCUCUCUUUCCAGUCGAGGUGAUUUCGUAUUGCCCCUGUUUUUGCUUCUUUGCGCCAUAAAACUUUCAUAUGGUGCAGUUAAUAGAGCCAUAAGAAGGAAACCAUAAAACCCUUUUGUUGCUUGGUCUUUUUGCUUGAGCUCUUGAGCUUGUUUUGGUAGUUCUGGGAACCACACAGUCUACUGAGGUUCAACUGCGCUUGUUCUCGUUUCAAAGCUCAAAAUAGAGAAAACCCGGGAACUGGGGAAGGAGAAUCUCCGGUACUAAGGUCCCAUUCCUUGUAUUCCUGACAUCUUUGGUCGAUUCUAAGUAAAACCCAGAUAUCCAGAAUAGCAGAGAAUACUAGGAGAGCUGUAUGAAGUGGUAGUGAAACAAUGAGAGAUGGUAAUUCCAAGAAAAGCAAGCUCUCGUGGUCAAAGAAAAUGGUCAGGAAGUGGUUCAAUAUCAAGAGCAAAACUGAGGAUUUUCAGGCAGAUGAUGUUAAUUGCCGUGGGGGUGAUACGGAAUAUAGGACCAGCUUCUCAGAGAGGGAGCCAUGCACGAUCAAAAAAAGCAAAACAGAAAAGUUUUGCCGGAACACAGAGCAGGUUCGGCGAAGAAGAAUGAAUCUCGACCAUCCUCGAAUAAUAGAUGUGCAGAACUAUAGCAUAUUCGUGACUACAUGGAAUGUGGCUGGAAGAUCCCCAACAAGUAAUUUGAAUCUAGAUGCCUGGCUGCAUGCCUCACCUCCUGCUGACAUUUAUGUUCUUGGAUUUCAAGAAAUUGUGCCAUUGAAUGCCGGCAAUGUUCUGGGUGCAGAAGACAACGGCCCUGCCAAAAAGUGGUUGGCUCUCAUUCGAAAGAGUCUCAACAAUCUUCCCGGGACCAGUGGAGGGGGUGGAUGCUAUACACCGUCUCCCAUUCCGGAGCCAAUUGUAGAAAUAAAUGCCGAUUUCGAGGGAUCUGCAAGGCAGAAGAACUCAUCUUUCUUCCAUCGUCGAUCAUUCCAGACAACCCACAGCUGGAGAGUUGACAAUGAACCUUCGAUUCCACAUCCAAGACUUGAUCGUCGAUUCAGUGUUUGUGAUAGAGUAAUCUUUGGCCAUCGGCCAAGUGACUAUGACCCCAGUUUCAGAUGGGGUCACAGGCCGAGUGAUUAUUCCAGACCGAGUGACUAUUCCAGGGCCAGUGACUAUUCCAGGCCUAGCGACUAUUCUAGAUGGGGUUCAUCAGAUGAUGAUAAUGUGCCAGGGGAUUCACCAAGUACUGUAUUACAUUCACCAAUAGCCCAUGGUGGAUUGGCAUCUAAUGAAGAUGGAUAUAGAAUGCCAGGGCAUUCAAGAUACUGCUUAGUUGCAAGUAAACAGAUGGUUGGCAUAUUUCUCACAAUAUGGGUGAGAAGUGAAUUGAGGGAUCAUGUCCGGAACAUGAAAGUUUCUUGUGUUGGCCGAGGAUUGAUGGGUUACCUUGGAAAUAAGGGAUCAAUUUCAGUCAGUAUGUCUUUACACCAAACAACAUUCUGUUUCAUCUGUAGCCAUUUGACCUCAGGACAGAAGGAGGGUGAUGAGCUAAGAAGGAACUCUGAUGUCAUGGAGAUCCUUAGGAAGACAAGAUUUCCCCGAGUUCAUGGCUCUGGCGAUGAGAAGUCCCCAGAAACCAUCCUUGAGCAUGAUCGAAUUAUUUGGCUUGGGGAUUUGAAUUAUCGUAUUGCCCUCUCUUACCGCUCUGCCACGGCACUUGUGGAGAUGCAAAACUGGAGGGCACUGUUAGAGAAUGACCAGUUACGUAGAGAGCAGAGACAUGGUCGUGUCUUUGUGGGGUGGAACGAAGGGAGGAUUUAUUUUCCACCAACUUACAAGUACUCAACUAAUUCAGACAGAUAUGCAGGGGAUGAUAUGCAUCCAAAGGAGAAACGUAGAACACCUGCUUGGUGUGAUCGAAUUUUGUGGUAUGGAGAAGGUCUCCAGCAAUUAUCUUAUGUCCGUGGAGAAUCUAGAUUUUCGGAUCAUAGACCGGUUUAUGGCAUAUUUUGGGCGGAGGUUGAGUCAAGCCAUAGCCGGCUGAGGAAAAGCAUGAGUUGCUCUAGUUCCAAGAUUGAAGUGGAGGAGCUUCUGCCUAACUCACGUGGAUAUACUGAACUAAAUUUUUUCUGAAGGAAAGAAGAAUAAUUAGGAUCUACAUUAAUCUGUGCUCAACAGACACUUGUCCUUGGACUGCACUUACCCUAGUCAUCCUGACAUCUACCUGAAGAGGAGAUAUAUUAAUCUAUAUAAUCGCAGAUCUUUCCUCUUGCCCACGAUUGAGAGAUUACCAUGGCCAAUAACCUGUUGAAGAAUAUCACUUGUUUCUGCAUAUCGAGUAUUCGCAUCCUCAGUCAAUCAGUUGCAGGCGGGAAUCACUUUGAAGAAUUCAUCCUUGACUGGUGAUGGAGACAUUCCGUUGCCCACAAACCGAGAAAGGUGUUAGUUCUGUAGUUCUUUCGCCAACAUAUUGUAGCUUUGAUCAUCAUUUCUUGUUAGCUAACUACGUAACAGUCCCAGUACGAUGCAUUUUCCAUUACCUGAUUGACAAGCACCCACCUUUCGGGCAUCUCAAAGUCAUGCAUAAUGAUCAGGAUGAUGAACUCAACCUAAAAAGAAGUGCCAUGUGGGUAGAUGACAAUUUUUUUAUUCUUGAUUCUUUAGUUUGUUCAGGGAAUAUAUAUAGAUGGCUGAUUAAUGUAGGUGAAAGAUCGUCAAAAUAAUCAUUUGGGUGCUAACUUUAAAUGCACAAAGAAGUAAAGAAAGAUCUGACGGAUACUCAAUGCUAAAGCAAUGUACAAAAUGUAAAGGAAAAAAGAAAUGAAGUUGAUGAUAGAAAUCUGGAGCCUCUUGCAAUCUCU